GCCACUCGUCGUCCUGCGAGUCCAGCAUGCCGACACUACCUCCAGGUCCGAGGUUCUUGCUCCGGCACAUGCACUACCUUGUUUUACCGCCCACAUCUGUGUUCUUGGGAGCUGUGCUUGUACAGGGACUUGGGGGUGUGCGCUUGCCGACUCUCGCGAUUGUCCUCGCCUAUUUACUCUCCUUCCCCUUCUUCUGGUUCGGAUACCGAGCAUGGAGGGACGUUUCCAUCAAGAGAGCGGCUGCCGCACGCGGGGCGAUCGUGUUACCGCUUGCGAAGCUUACAAAGGACAUCAAGUUCACAGGAGAGGAGGGUUACCCUCGUGAUUUCCUCUUCAGACUUUGCGAGAUAUGGGGGCAUUCGUUCAUGCUCGAGCUUUACUCCGUCGAAAGGCUCUUCACGUCGGAACCUGAACAUAUCAAGGCAAUUUUGGCUACAGAUUUCGAUAGUUUCGAAAAAGGCGAACUGUUCCGCGAUCAAAUGCAAAGUCUCCUUGGAGUAGGGGUCUUCAAUGCUGACAAUGAGCUGUGGAAAUUUCAUCGCUCCAUGACGAGGCCGUUCUUCAGCAAAGACAGGAUCAGUCAUUUCGAGAAUUUUGACAGGCACGCGACCGACGCUCUCACGCAGGUGAAGGCGCGCAUGCGGGAGGGAUACGCCAUCGACUGGCAGGACUUGAUUUCCCGCUUCACUCUUGACUCAGCAACAGAGUUUCUGUUCGGUAAGGACGUCCGCUCGCUGUCAAAGGGCCUCCCCUAUCCGCCUACCGCCGAUGUCCGACACUCUCAGCCUGAGGAAGAUGGGUUCGCUGCUGCGUUCUAUGAGGCUCAGAUGGCAUCUGCCCGCCGCGGCCGUUUCCAGGAUGUGUGGGGCUUGACCGAGUUCUGGAAGGACAGGGUCAUCCCAUACAAGGCCGCCAUUGACAAGUUCAUUAACCCGAUCCUCGAGGAUGCAUUGCGGACGAAGGCGGAGAAGGCAACUGCAGAUAUCGUGGACACGAAGGAGGUUUCAGAGGAGGAUACCCUCCUGAGCUCGCUAUUGAAGGUCACCGAUGAUCGUGAUAUCCUUCACGACGAGAUCCUCAACAUCCUGUUGGCCGGACGUGACACUACGGCAUCUACCCUAACGUUCGCCGUUUAUCGUCUGGCGGAGCAUCCGGAUAUCCUCUUCCGCCUCCGACAGGAAAUUCUCAGCAUUGUAGGACCUUCGCGCAGGCCGUCGUAUGAGGACAUCCGCAAUAUGAAAUACCUGCGUGCUGUCAUAAAUGAGACUUUGCGGUUGUAUCCUCCGGUUCCUAUGAACAGUAGGUCGGCCGCCCGGGAUACGGUCUUCCCCUCCACCACUACUCGGGAACCCGUCUUCGUGCCCGCCGGUACGACGUGCAUUUACUCUGUCUUCCUAAUGCACCGCAGGAAGGAUCUAUGGGGCCCGGACGCAUUGAAGUUUGACCCCAACCGGUUCCUCGACGAACGCGUGCAGAAGUACCUCACGCCUAAUCCGUUCAUCUUCCUGCCAUUCAACGCCGGUCCGCGUAUCUGUCUCGGCCAGCAGUUCGCCUACAACGAAGUAUCGUUCAUGCUCGUGCGUUUACUGCAGCAGUUCUCUGCUAUCGAAUUCGUGCCAGAGGUCGCUCCGGAAUCCAUGACUCCCCCCGGGUACACCAAUUCACCUGGUUCGGAUGGCACUGAUAGGGUUUGGAUGGGCUUCCAUUUGACUGGGUACGCUAAGGGUGGGCUCUGGGUCAAGAUGACGGAGGCGACAAAUGAGUGAUGGUAUACUACUAUACUCUACAAUCAUUGACAUACAUUCGUUUACCUCGGAGCAUGAACGAGAUGAAUCCUGUGUAACAUUGCAAGUGAACGGUGACUGACUAGCAG